UUCAUUAAUGGAUAUCGAUCCUCUAUAAAAAAGAAACCAAAUUCCCACCCAUAUCAUACGACCACACACUCCAAAAUGAGUCCGUGUCUUCAUCUACUCCUACAAGUACUAUGUUGUACGUUGAUUUUGCCGCAUGCAGUAGUAACGGCGUUCACGGUGAUCAUGUCCGAUUCCGGCGUGCCGUCCACCCUAGUUGACGGUCCACAAACGGGAUUUUCCAUGAACCAAGACGGUUCCCGAACCGACAAGCGAGAGCAAGAAGCAGUGUACGACAUCAUGCGAGCCACCGGAAACGCUUGGGCCACCGACAUCCCCGACGUGUGCCGCGGCCGCUGGCACGGCAUCGAGUGCAUGCCCGACAAGGACGACGUUUUCCACGUCGUUUCCCUCUCAUUCGGAGCACUCUCCGAUGAUACCGCUUUUCCGACAUGCGACCCAACCCGCUCCUUCAUCUCAGCCUCCAUCGCCAACCUCCCUCACCUCAAGACCUUGUUCUUUUACCGUUGUUUCAGUUACAACCCUCAGCCCAUCCCAUCCUUCUUGGGCCUAUUGGGCCCGUCCUUGCAAACCUUGGUCCUCAGAGAAAACGGCCACGUUGGGCCCAUUCCUGUUGAAUUGGGCAACCUCACCCGUUUGAGGGUACUUGAUCUUCACAAAAACAACCUCAACGGCUCCAUACCCAUCUCCUUGGGCCGUAUCACUGGUUUAAGGUCUUUGGAUUUAAGCGGCAACAAAAUAACCGGUUCCAUACCCGGUUUUGCCUUCCCCUCUUUGAACGUAUUGGACCUUAGCCAGAACCUUCUCAUGGGCUCAAUUCCUUCUACCUUUUGGGACUGCUACUCUCUCAUCAAAUUGGAUUUCAGUCGCAACCGGCUCGUGGGCCCAUUGCCGGAGAAGCCCAUGGGCCUGAAGGAUCUCAUGCUUUUGGAUUUAAGCUACAAUCGUAUCCAAGGCCCAUUUCCGGGAUCACUCAAGAGCCUGAGUUCUCUUCAGGCCUUGAUCCUCAAAGGAAACCCAAUGGGCUCGACGAGCAUACCCGAUGAUGGGUUCGAUGGUAUGAAGGCCCUAAUGAUCCUUGUUUUGUCUAAUAUGAAUUGGCAUGGGCCGGUCCCAGAAUCACUAGGCAAGUUGCGAAACCUUCGGGUGCUUCAUCUGGAUGGCAACCACUUCAAUGGGUCAAUUCCGAAGAGUUUUCGAGAUUUGAGAAGCCUUAGUGAAUUGAGGCUGAAUGAUAAUGGGCUUAUUGGGUCGGUCCCAUUUGACAGAGAAAUGGUAUGGAGGAUGAAAAGGAAGCUAAGGUUGAAUAAUAAUUCAGGGCUUUGCUAUGAUGCAAGUAGUGGUUUAGGGGAUAGCAUGGAUUCCACAUUUGAUUUAGGUAUCAGUUUGUGUGACACUUCGAAUCCAGGGUCGGUUAGGACAGUGCAACAUCUUUCGGCUACCCAAAAGUUAAUGCCCGUCACAUCAGAUGCUGUGGAAGCACUUACUUCAUGGUCACUGGGACUAACUACUUUUGUACUGUUUUUCUAUAAUUUUGUUGUCAGUUGUAAAUAUUCAUAUCAAUAGCAAAAGAAUCUCAGGAUGCCCUUGUCAGCACCUAGGAAGGAAAAAAAGUUUUUUUUAGUACAUCUAAUGUCUCAUAAAGAGUAAAUAGUUUUCAGUGUUUCUUUGCUUA